UGCUAAAUUCUUCGCAAUGGUCCCUGUGAAGAAGCAGAGCACCAAGGGGUCCAAGGGUGGCAAGAAGAAGAAGCAGGUCCUGAAGUUCACUCUGGACUGCACCCACCCUGUUGAAGAUGGCAUCAUGGAUGCAGCCAACUUUGAGCAGUUACUCCAGGAGUGCAUCAAGGUGAAUGGGAUAGCUGGAAACCUGGGUGGUGGUGUGAUGUCUAAUGAGAAGAGUAAGAGCAAGAUCACAGUUUCCUCCGAGGUUCCCUUCUCCAAAAGAUAUCUGAAAUAUCUGACCAAAAAGUACUUGAAGAAAAACAAUAUUCGCGACUGGCUGCGUGUUGUGGCCAAAACCAAGGAGAGCUGCGAGCUGCUAAAUGUUUUUAGAGUAUAA